AUGUCUCUUGUCUUGUUUUAUGAUUUUAUCGAACUUCCGUCCAUAGUGGAAAAUGAUUAAAAGUUAGGUUUCCAUUGAUUGGAUAAGGACAAAGACUGGUGGUUGAGUCACAUUUCCUCUCGUCUCUCUCUCUCAGAUUUUACAAGCAAUCGAUUUCACUCAAAGAACACAGAAAGCUUCUCAUUGUGUUCAUCGUAUUAGGAUUCAAUAUCUGUCUCGCUGUGUUGUAUUGAUGGGUUCUGAAGGACCAACGGCUGUGACAAUUAACAUCACAGGCUUCAAAAAAUUCCAUGGAGUUGCAGAAAACCCAACAGAGAAAAUGGCAACUAACCUGAAAGAAUAUCUAGCGAAGAAUAGUCAGUCGAAAGACAUGGUUCUUGGAAGCUGUACUGUGCUUGAAACUGCUGGUCAGGGAGCUCUUGCAUCGCUUUACCAGUUGCUACAAUCCGCCGUUAACACGAAAGAAUCAGAGUCAUUAACCUCUGGAAAAACUAUAUGGGUUCACUUUGGAGUUAAUAGUGGCGCUACGAAAUUUGCAAUUGAGCAACAAGCUGUGAAUGAAGCGACUUUUCGUUGCCCCGAUGAAUUGGGUUGGAAGCCUCAGAAUCUACCAAUUGUUCCUUCUGAUGGUCCCAUCUCAACUGUAAGAAAGACUACUCUUCCUGUUGAAGAGAUAACAAAGGCGUUGGAGAAGAAGGGCUUUGAGGUGAUAACAUCAGAUGAUGCAGGUCGAUUUGUGUGCAACUAUGUCUAUUACCACUCACUGAGAUUUGCAGAGCAGAAUAAGACCAGUUCGCUCUUUGUUCAUGUUCCUCUUUUCGUUGCUGUGAAUGAGGAGACUCAGAUGAGAUUCACGGCUUCGUUGCUGGAGGUACUCGCUUCUAUUUGCAACUAAUGUUAUCCCAAAUGCGGCUAAUUCUUGUUCAUGAAAAAUGUGCGUCAUGGACUGAUUUGUCUCCUCACCAAAAUUCGCCAAUCAAUAAAUGGAAUAUAAGUUCUCCUCCCUACUAUCUCCUCUACAUAUAUGCAUCAUCUCUUUCAUUUUCUUCUACACAAGUGUUUGCUUGAUCAAACAAUAUAUGUGCAAAUUAAU